CAGUGGAAGUUCCAUUGUUCUUCAAAAUCAGAGCUCAAACACGCCAUUUCAUGGAGCCAAACAGCAGCGCACCACUGUCCUGGGCACUGCCGAUGCGCCGCCGUAGGUCCUCAUCUCCGCCUUUGAUUUCUUUGCCGGUUUUGAUUAUUCUCUUGCCGACGCUGUCUUUGAUUCUCUUGUUCUUCGCAAUCCGUCUGCUUCUUUCGCUCACGAAUCAAGUUUUUUGGCCUAAUUCGGUGAAGAAAAGCUGGGAUUCGUUCAAUGUUUUCCUUGUUCUGUUUGUGAUUAUCUGCGGCAUUAAUGGUAGACGAAAGGACGACGAACCGACCGCCGCUGACGUCGGAGAAAGCUGUGGUUCUGGUCGGAGAAUGGUUGAGGUGAACGGGGACUCGGAGUUAUCGCAGCAUGGGUUUGAAUUUGCAGAGAGGAGAUUUUAUGAUUCGGUGAUGAGAACGCCGGGAACGGCGACGGUGGUGACGGACCUGAGACAUGAAUCGCCGCGGGAAAAUGGAAAUGAUGGGAAUAAGUUCCUCUUCUUUGAUGAUUUUGAAACAAACAAGUUUCGUUCGCGGUCCUUCUCGUACAGAGCGCGAGGAUGUGAAAUAGAAGAAUCGCCGGCGGAGAUUAAGGUUAUUCCGGUUGAUUCGUUUGUGGCUAAUUCGUCUCCGGCGUCUCACAGGAUGAAGUCUCCCAAUCCCCAGCCUCCGCCGCCUCCGCCGCCGCCGCCGGUUACUCGAAGGAAAUCGAGGCAGACUAUCGAGAAAAAGGAGGAAGUUCGCGAGGUCAGUACGAAUAAUGCUGAAAUCGCGAAGUCACAAUGGCCGCCGCUACCGCCGCGAACAGUUAUUCCUCCGUCGCCGAUUCGAGUUCGGCUGGAGGAGAAGUUUCGAAAGAGUGAACGGAAGAAGACAAAUGUUAAGAAAGAGAUAGCAAUAGCGUUGGCUUCACUGUAUAGGAAGAGAAAGACGAAGCAGAAAGCUAGAGAUAUCUACGACGGCGAUCGACACUCUCCAACUGAUCAACGACCACCGCCGCCUCCACCUCCUCCUCCGCCUCCUUCCUUCUUCCGCAUAUUCAAAAAACAAAACAAGAACAAGGAAGCUCCGUCCGAAUCUGCACCGCUGCCGCCUGUCUCGUCGUCAUCCCGUUCAACAAAGAAGAAAAAUCAGAUCCCCCCUCCGCCUUCACCGCCACCGCCACCAUCAUCACGGCAGAAAAAUUCGACCGCUAGCCCCCGACCGCCUCUACCACCCAGGGUUCAAAAUUCCACCGUCGAAAACCAAGUCAUAAACAGCGCGGUACGGAAUCCCUCAGAAACCAUUCCACCGCCGUACCAAACGACGACGGACGUGAAAUCCAGGGUUCGAGGCGAUACCGUCGGGUCACAGAGCUCCGAAACGUUUUAUUGCGGAUCUCCGGAACCAGUUAACGUCGGUUCGUCGUCGACUAACGGGACGUCAGAGCCGGCCGUCGAAGUAAACGGAGUGGGGCCGGUUUUCUGUCCCAGCCCGGACGUUAACAUCAUAGCAGCAAAUUUCAUUGCCAGGCUAAGGGGUGAGUGGAGACUAGAGAGGAUGAAUUCGGUAAGGGAGAAAGAAAUGUUGGGCCAGGCCCAACUUACGAACUAAGGGCGGGCCUAGGCCCAAAUGUUUAGAAUCUCCCUCGCUAACUGAGAAUA